CAGGGGGAAACGGGAAACACGACGCACUAGCUCGGUACGCGCAACCGAUUUCAGUCACUGACGAAGCACUGGUUCCGGGCGUUCGGAGCUGGUUACCCACUCGUAUCCGACGGCGUUACGGGGGAACCCCGUCUCUGAACUGUAUUCCCAAACACAUCGAACACCACGCGCACCGGGUACCCGAUUUUUGUCUCGGAGACUUAUCUUCUUCAAUUGCUCGUGUCGCUGAGACUAUCACGUUCGCUUCCGAUCGUCUUGCCGAUCCCUUUCCGUCCUCUCUCCCCUCUGACCAUGGCGGAACCCGCACCUAAGAAUGGCGACACCGAGCCUGUCAGCCAAGUCAACCACGAUCCUGUACCACAACCAGCUGGCCCGUUACCAGUAAAUGAAGCGGACGAGGGAAAGGAUCGGACAGACACCAAGGAGACAGUUACGAAGGCCACAGCGGAAUCAAGCGCCGCAGUAGCCGACGCAGAAAUAUCGUCAAAAGGGAAGGAGAAGAACGAGCCGUCGCUGCCACCGGCCGAGGAACCAAAAGAAGGCGACUCGCUGUCAACAGGGCCAUCUUACCCACCGCAACAUGCUGUUACGCCCAGCCACCCAGAUGCACCCGUCUGCGCCAUCACCCUCUUGCUCCCGACGGGUGCCAGACACCCUUACAAGAUCGAUGAGAAGUACCUCUCGAAACGUAACGUCGACGUGCCGGACCUGACGGAAUCGGGCGCACGGGAUCCCUUCAGUAUUUCGGUCUAUAAGCUAAAGGAGCUGAUCUUGCGAGAGUGGAGGGAGGAAUGGGAAGGCAAGCCGGCUAGCCCGAGCAGCAUUCGGCUGAUCCAUUUUGGAAAACUGUUGGAUGAUAAGGAGCAGUUAAAGAAGUACCAUUUUAGCCAGGACAGCCCCAACGUCGUCCACAUGUCAGUGCGUCCGCCUGAGAUGAUGGAGGAAGAAGAGGCGGCCCAUAGUAAGGCCAGCGGCCGCGAGGGGAGGACCCGCGAUGGGGGCAGCGGCUGCUGUGUCAUUCUGUGAAUUCAUGAGAGACUCGACCGAGUCGCCGUAUCCAGAUCCAUGGCACGUCUGACGUGGAUCGUAUCUUCCGGCUAGAUGCCGGGUUCUGCUUCAUGACACAGGCAUAUUGGGCUCUCUUUCCGUC